AGAGAGCCUCUGAAAUGAGUUGAACCUUGAGAGAGUCUCACUGAUCACCUAAUCGAAAGAGUCCAACAAAGCUGGGAAAGCUCAGGCACCUCCCUCUCAAUCCUGCAUCCGCUCGGAAAUCGCCUUUCAGCACGAUUAGUGUUGCAACCAGAUUCUCUGCUCCCCAGCUCACAGUGAACCGUCAAAAUUUCCUACCUUGAGGAUCUUGAGUUUGAGGAGGAAGAAAGCAUGGGUGCGGGAGCAAGUGCCGAGGACAAAAAGUCCAAGGAGUUGGAAAAACAACUUCAAGAAGAUGCCGAUAAGGACUCUAAAACAGUCAAGCUGUUACUGCUUGGUGCUGGUGAGUCAGGCAAAAGCACCAUUGUAAAACAAAUGAAGAUUCUCCAUCAAGGUGGUUAUACAAAAGAGGAACAAUUGGAGUUCAGAGCGAUCAUCUACGGCAACAUCCUGCAGUCUGUUCUGGCCAUCGUCAGAGGCAUGGAGAUGCUGGCCAUCGAUUUUGGCUCGACAGCUUCACAGGAGAAUGCACAGAAGCUGCAGAAUUUGUCGGACUCCAUUGAAGAAGGAACAAUGCCUGCCGAGCUGGCUGAUGUCAUCAUGAAGCUGUGGAAAGACACUGGCUUGCAGGCCGCCUUCGACAGAGCUGCUGAGUUCCAACUGAACGACUCUGCUGGCUACUACCUCAACGAAAUGGACCGAAUCAGCAAGUCAGAAUACCUCCCCACCGAGCAGGACGUGCUGCGAUCUCGAGUCAAAACAACCGGAAUCAUUGAAGAACAGUUUUCCUGCAAAGAGUUGUACUUCAGGAUGUUCGAUGUGGGGGGCCAGAGGUCAGAGAGAAAGAAGUGGAUCCAUUGCUUCGAGGGCGUGACCUGCAUCAUCUUUUGCGGAGCUCUCAGUGCAUACGACAUGGUGCUGGUGGAGGACGAUGAAGUGAACCGCAUGCACGAGUCGCUGCAUCUCUUCAACAGUAUCUGCAACCACAGAUUCUUCGCGUUGACCUCCAUCGUGCUUUUUCUCAACAAGAAGGAUCUCUUUGAAGAAAAGAUCAAGAAAGUCCAUCUGAGUAUCUGCUUCCCAGACUAUGAUGGCUGCAACUCAUACGAAGACGCCAGCAACUACAUCAAGUCGCAGUUCCUGGAACUGAAUAUGAAGAAGGGUGUGAAAGAAAUCUACUGCCACCUGACCUGUGCCACCGACACAAGGAACGUUGAGAUUGUGUUUAACGCCGUGACAGACAUCAUCAUCAAAGAAAACCUUAAGAGUUGCGGCCUCUUCUAAGGAGCUCCGGGUUGAAAAGAGGACUUCCUUUCCGACCGUGACCCGUCACUUUAUUGGCAUUAACUGAGAAGUGUACUGCUGGAGCACAGAAGAUCCUUUUUGUUGUGUUCCCGUCGAGCCAAGUCCCGGCCCUGUACACACAACACACACUCAGCUGGGUUGAAAGAAUCACAGAGUCACCGUAUUGUUGCUGUGGUCAGCUUUCUACAAGGUUUUCUAAAGUACAGUAUUUGUCUCACACCAAAAGGUGUGAGGAGUAGCUGCUGUAGUUGCUCAUCCGAUCCCUGUCGCUUGCUUUCGACUAACGCUACUGUGUUGUUAAUUGACUUUAUAAUAAGACCAAUCUCUGUUAAAUAUAAAUAAAACAAUAAAACGGGGAGGGAAAUAUUAAUCUUUUGAAUAGCAACAUUCCAACCUUGUUUUAUGUUUUUGAGUGCAGUAGUCUCUGUGGUCUUGAUAUUUAAACUGUAAACACUUGCUGAGUAAAUAUCUCAGAUACUUCCAGUGCUGCCGUAUGUAUCCAGAUGACAAACAAAAUUGUACAUGUAUCUAAUCUAAAUAGUGGUAAUGUGUUCAAUUCCUUUAAGAAAGUUAAUGUGUUGAAUAAAUUUCAGAAGGUCAAACACGGUAGAGAAACUUUGUACAUAAGAGUAGGUAAUUCAAUAUAUUUUGAAAGAUAAAUCUUUAUGAGAGGGAAACACUAGCGGGACGAUGCUUUGUUGUGAAAAGGGAAUGAAAAUCUACUGAGUUUGUCCUUUCUUAUGAAAUGUAGAGGCACGAAAUAAAGAUGCAUUAACAUCG